AUGUCGGAUCCCAAGGAGCGGUUCUACCGCCACUUUCAAACGGAGAUCACUGCCAUCCAGGACCAGAUCGAAGACCUUGGCACUCUCUCCUCUGUUGGCGGCGAGCGACAAGACUGUGUCGACACCAUCUUAGCCGGAAUAUCCCGCCUCUCUAAUGAAGUUACCGACGCCCUCGACUAUGUCCCCGCCUACGACCAACGCGCCUACGCUCAAGCCCUCAAAGCCUUGACAGAGAAACUCAACGAAGCCACGAGUAAAUUCGCACCGAAGUCACGCUUCCAGUUCAAGCCACGAGCCGCCAAGUCCACAAAUACCACCACCCUCUCGGCCUCCGAAACCGUCCAACAACCACAACAUGACCCCCGCCGACUAUUCCACGAAGCCUCCCCCGAUAAUAAUGAGCCUGCGGCAGACGGCACAGACAGCGCGGCCGAAGGCCGAGACGGGCUGGGCGUCAUGCCAGGUCUGAGACGGAAUUACAACGAAGAAAUCGCGCGACCUGAGCUAAAAGCCGGCGUUAGGAAGCCAUCCUUCUCGUCAGCCAAGAAUAUCGCUAUAUACGACCAAACUGGGCUGCAUAUCAUGCUCCCUUCUUCCGCAUCGCAUGCGACGUCAUCGGGCUCGCUGACGAACCUUGAUGAGUGUAUCGUGGACAUGACGGUGCCGACAAGCGGGAGCAUGGGGGCGCCCUUUGCAGGGCUGGCGAUCAAGGAUGUGAAGAAGAGUUUGUUGGUUUGCGGAACGGUGGCGGGACCUGUCCAUAUCACGGGGGUCAAGGAUAGUGUGGUAGUUGUGGCGGCGAGGCAGGUCAGGGUGCAUGAGUGUGAGCGUGUGGAUGUGUAUUUACAUUGUCGGAGUCAUCCCAUUAUUGAGGACUGCAAGGGAAUGCAGUUUGCGCCGUUGCCGGAGUGCUAUAUGAACAAUCUGGAUGCAGCCAACAAUCAAUGGGAUCAAGUCGAUGACUUCAAGUGGCUGAAGACUGAACCUUCACCGAACUGGAGUCUGAUGUCGGAGGAGAAGCGCAUCCCCCGAGAAUUGUGGGAGAAGACGCUUAGCAACCCGACUUUGUGCGCAAGUAAUAUCUUGAAGAAGGCAAGCGUCGUUUGA